AUGGGCGCUGUCGACCCCACAAAUGGAAUCUGGGCGUCAUCUUCUUAUGCUUCUGGCUCUUCAUCGAGUCCUUGGUGGACGGUGUCAAACACCAUCGUUUGGUCUGAUAAUGGGGACGUCAGGCUCUAUGCGUACUGCGAUAUAGUAUCUCGCGUACAGAUGAUGACAUAUGCUGUCAAGCCUAUGGCGACACUCCUUAUAUCGCGCCGUCUGUACUUGAUCGCUAGCCUCCAGUCCGUGGAGCUUCCUAGUAAUGCUUCGAGAUACCGGGACAUGGCCAUCGAGUGGACGUUGGGUCUCCUCAUACCUCUUCUCGUAGCUGGUCCCAUCUACUACGUUAACCAGAGCGCCCGUUUCCAAGUCGCAGAGGGAUUUGGGUGUACUAACGCGACAGAUAGCUCUAUCUUCUAUAUCAUCGUGAUCCAGUCUUUCAACUUCCUUCCGGCCCUGCUGUCACUUACUAUCUACUAUCCGAGAGUGGCGCGGAUAUUCUACCUUCGACGCCGAGACGUCAACCGCUUCCUGCGCAGCAACACUUCAGUCUCGCGCACGAACUACUUCCGGCUCCUCAGCAUCGCAAGCCUCGAUAUUCUACUCACUCUCCCUUUCGGCCUCGUGAGCCUUGUUCUCAAAUUGACUUCGGCGCGGGUACAGGACGGUUCCUUCCCGUUCUAUCCGGGUUGGUCUGUACUUCACGAGGAUUGGACACCAAGUAGUGUCUCGUAUGCUCAGCUGAAGUCAUUUGGGGCAUCGACUAUGGCUGCCAGUUACUUCACCAUCUGGACAUCGCCUGUCCUUUCAUUCUUCAUCUUCGCCUUCUUUGGCUUGACGUCAGAGGCUCGCACGUCAUAUCGACACUUGCUUUUGGUUGUGGGUAGUAUGGUAGGCUGGAAGCCAGCCCGAGUGCAGAAUGCACAUUCAACCUUGGGUACAAUGGAGUUCGGUACUGGCCCGCAAGGAGUGUCCGACGAUGUGGAACCAGGUUCACUUCCGAGCGAUCCAUACAUCGUGGACCCAGUCAAAGAGCAUGAAGAAGAGAGUGCGAUUACGCGCUCUGACCUCGACGCGGAAAAGUCAAGCGAGUUCCGGCGAAUCCCGACCGACGAGGACCGUAGACAAAGCAAAGCUAAUGGAACGGGAAAUGACGGCCUCGCUCGAUAG